GGGCCCGAGGUCUCCGGCGUGUCCCCCGCACUGUAUGGUGUGGCCCGGGGUCGCCGGUCACGCGUCGGGGGUGCGGCCUGCUCCCGGCCGAGGUGGUCCCGGCUGCGGCUGCUGAGGGAGUCCCUUGGAGCGGCGCGGGCAGCUGGGAAGAUGCUGGGCCCAAGUCUCCUCAGCUGGGUCCUCCUGGCCGCGGCUGUCACCUGCGCCCAGGCACAGCAAGUGCCGCCGUGGACAGAAGAUUGCAGAAAAUCAACUUAUCCUCCUUCUGGACCAACCUAUAGAGGAGCAGUUUCGUGGCACAUCAUAAACCUUGAUUUACCACCUUACGAAAGAUGGCAGGAAUUAGUGACUCAGAAGGCACCAAUGGUGAGGAUUAUAGUGAAUACUCUCAAGAAUUUAGUAAACGCAUUUGUGCCAAGUGGAAAAAUAAUGCAGAUAGUGGACCAAAAGUUGCCUGGUCUACUUGGCAAGAUUCCUGACCCCUUUGAAGAGGAAAUGAAAGGAAUUGCAGAUGUUACUGGGAUUCCUUUAGGAGAGAUUAUUUCAUUCAACAUUUUCUAUGAAUUGUUUACCAUGUGUACAUCAAUAAUAACCGAAGAUAAUGAAGGUCAUUUACUACAUGGAAGAAACAUGGAUUUUGGAAUAUUUCUUGGGUGGAAUAUAAAUAACAACACUUGGGUUGUUACAGAACAAUUAAAGCCUUUAACAGUGAAUUUGGACUUCCAAAGAAACAACAAGACUGUUUUCAAGGCUACAAGUUUCGUUGGAUAUGUGGGCAUGUUGACAGGGUUCAAACCAGGACUGUUUAGUCUUACACUAAAUGAACGUUUCAGUCUAAAUGGCGGUUAUUUAGGUAUCCUAGAAUGGAUUUUGGGAAAGAAAGAUGCUGAAUGGGUCGGGUUUAUCACUAGAUCAGUUCUGGAAAAUAGUACAAGUUAUGAAGAAGCCAAGAAUACACUGAUCAAGACCAAGAUAAUGGCUCCAGCAUACUUUAUCCUGGGAGGCAACAAGUCUGGGGAAGGUUGUGUGAUUACGAGAGAAAGAAAAGAGUCUUUGGAUGUAUAUGAACUCGAUCCUAAGCAUGGCAGAUGGUAUGUGGUACAAACCAAUUAUGACCGGUGGAAAAACACCUUGUUCCUGGAUGACCGCAGAACACCUGCCAAGAUGUGUCUAAAUCGCACGACACAGAAGAAUCUCUCGUUUGCAACCAUAUAUGACGUCCUAUCAACAAAGCCUGUCCUCAACAAGCUGACUGUAUUCACAACCUUGAUUGAUGUCACGAAAGGUCAAUUUGAAAGUUACCUGCGGGAUUGCCCAGACCCUUGUAUAGGCUGGUGAGCACACAUGGCCUAUAGGACAUACUGAAGAUAUGUUCUCUGGCGUGUCUGAUCUCCUUCCACAGGCUAAGACUCAAGGCCUGUUGCCGUUCAGUUGUAAGAUUGUCCUCAGUGUGUCUGCCGUUUACAGACUGGUUUUGUUGUUUGUUUUUAUCAUCAUCAGUCCUAUUUACAGAUCAAUUCUUUAAGGGACCCACGCCAUGUAGAAUUCGCCAGUUCAUUUCACUUUGACAUUGGGGAAGGGGCAACCCUGACCUCUAUGGAAUGUAUCAAGGUUCUUUGCUGGUGUUAAAUCCAGUGGCCUGUGUGAUUACUGUAUACCUUUAUGCACCUUUUCUUUUUUAUCUACAUAUUUAUGUUUCCCUUAGUUCUCUAUUAGAAUCAGCACGUCAUCCACCUUUGCUGUUAGUAACAGCAAUGCGAUAUCACUAUGCUUGGCUGGGGUUUCUGAGAUGGACAACUGACACUUAUUUUAAUGGACAAUAAAUAGACCUUUGACUCUGGAAAUAGUAUUUGAGAGGGCUACAAAAUAAUCACAGUAUUUUUUUAAAGAAUAAAAGUGUUCUCUUUUUCCUAAUUAUAUUACCUUCCAGUAACCCCAGGAAGUUUCUAGCUUUAAAAACUGGAGUUUACGAUCUCUACACAAACUAAAUUCCUGAAUGUAUAAUUCAUUUAAUAGUUUUUCAUUUUUCCUUCUAAUCAACAUAUUUUUUUAACUUUUCAUAUAAUAAACUUAUUAAAUUUUUCAGAAAUCAAUCUAUUUAUGAAAAUGCUUACAGAACUUGUUCAUCUUUCUAACUUUCACAAUUGGCAGUGAAAUGUAUGCUGUUUGUGCCAGACUGUAUCCAUUUAAUUUUGUACAGUCUCAGGUGUAUCAUGAUGCUCAAUAAACAGUCACUGGCAGUCAUGUCAGCACUCAUGCAUGCUGA